AUGAAGCUUCCUGGCCGAGAUGACAAAACAGCUGUGGUUGUAGGGACAGUAACAGAGGACACUGCGUGUCCCCGAGGUGCCAAACUGUAUCUGUGUGCACUGCGCGUGCACGGCCACGCCCAGAGACGCAUCCUCAAGGGCGGAGAAGAGAUCCUCGCCUUAGACCAGCUGGCCCUGGACUCCCCCCAAGGGCUGUGGUGCCGGCCCGACCUGCGCUCCCAUCCUCUAAAGGGCCGAGAGAUGUACAGGCAUUUGGGCAAGGUCUCAUGA